GAAUUUCCAUUUUAGUUUGCUGCAAUACAGACCGCCAUUUGCAGAAAGAAUUUUAAAUCAGAAUGGACCAAAUUCCCCGUCUAUCAGAGGUCCUGUAUGUUGGUCUGUGUCGUAAGAUAGGGACACCGACAGAAGUGGCCAUCAGAAGGGACGUGCUGGACAUGGAGGAGAUGAUAAAGAAACCUGUUUAUAAUCAUGAAGGAAUUGCUAUGAUGAAGAGUGGGAGCUAUAGAGAGGGAUUUAGAAUGAAAUCAUCGGACAAGGACACAAUGUUCUGGAUUUGUAAUUAUAAAUUAAUAUCUGACAUCUCUCAUUUCCGGAUCUACAAUACCUCACAACAUCAUAUAAUACUAAUGGAAGAUUCUGACACACCGCCAGGAUUUGUCAGACUACGCCUUCUGACAUCCAAACAUGAAGAAUACAGUCUUGUAAAAUCAUGCCAUGUUCACUUUAAUGGCGGGAUUUACAUAUCUAGUUCUGUAUGGAUGGAAAACUCUUUCCAAUUUCAAACGUCUAACGAGUCUGCUUUCUUACUUACGGAUUUCACCCUUCAUGGCCCUUGUACAACUAGCUAUUUUAAAUUUAUUGAGGUCGAUAGUGCUCUUUGUUUUGCAACUAUAUGUAGCAGUAAAUUCUUAAGAAGUUUUGUGGAAAGAUGCCAGAGACAUGCCUGGCCACCUGCAACCGUGUUAGAAAAAAUACUGAGAAAUGGAUGUCACUGUGUGGCUGUUGGAAGUAAAAUAGUAUCGACCUCUAACGAAUUAGAAUGGAGGUUGUCGUUUUCUCAAGCCGAACAGCAACUAGUUUGUACAAUGAGUCAUGUACAAUUUUUAUGUUACGGACUUUUGAAAAUAUUUCUGAAGGAAGUUAUGAAAGACCAACAAGGGUCAUUAUUGUGCUCAUAUUAUAUGAAGACAACAAUGUUCUGGAUAAUGCAAUAUGAUAACGUUACAUGGCACCCAAACAAUUUACUGGAUUGCUUUUGGAAAUGUUACAAAUUUCUCAUUCAUUCUAUUUAUCGUGGAGUGUUUCCCAAUUUUUUUAUUCCACAAAACAACAUGAUUAUGAACAAACUAGACAGCGAAACACGUGAAUCUCUAUUACAACAGCUUUACCAGUAUUACAGAAUGGGCGUGUCCUGUUUACUACUGAGUCCGACUCUCAGUUCAAUCCUAGAAUCAGCCCUCAGUAGACCCUACUUAGUGUUAUCCUUUUCUGAGACUGUUACAGACAUAGAUUUGUGUGGCCAGAGGGAAAUAUUCAGCCUCGUCUUUACUACUUCAAAAUUAUCUGCUUGUUUUCACUAUUUGAUAUCAAUUGAUGAAGUCUCACGGUUAUCAAUCUCAACGUGCCAAUCAUUAGUAUUACAAUACUGUACCACCAAUACUCUCGUUAAUUUAGCCUUCGAAAUGGCAAAUAAUACUCUCAGUAGCACACAUAAAGAUGUUUACAUCUUAGAUAGAAUGAUUUGUAACAUGCUAAAACUAGUAGCAAAGUUGGGUCCCAUGUCUUAUUUAUUAUAUUUAGCACUGUAUUACUAUAGGACUGGGAGAUAUGAUAAAACACUACCUAUCACUUAUCUCGCUAGGCAAAGAUUGUCACAGGACUUUAUUAUGCGUGGAUUUUUUAUUUUUGAAAGGCAAAGGUACAAAGAAGAUGUAGGUAAUCUGUCUAUGUCUAAAAGAAUGAAGAUAGCCUGGGUAGACAAUGUGAGUGUAUUAAAUAAUAUUUUAUAUAUUGAAGAAUUAUAUUUAGAACAGUUUGUGAGUCAACAUAAUGGAGGCGCACUCUUAAUGAUACCACCUUUUGUUAUGGUAGGAAUGUUGUCUGUGUUAUCUCACUAUAGACUAGGUAAUAGAUCUCAGUGUUUACAGUCACUGACAGACCUACAGACACUGCUGCUCUAUGAUGACGGGACAUACGUUCCUUUAGAACUCAGAGACCUAUCUUGGCAGAUACUGGGUAUCUGUCAGCAUGUUGUAGGAGACUUGAGCGGGGCGUUACGGUCUUAUGAAGAGUCACUCAGACAGGAAUCAUUCCAGGGAAUAAAGGACGCUACAGAUAUAAGAAAAAGAUGGGUAAAAGGACAAUUAGACAGAAAUAUAUAAACAUUACAGUUAAAAAAAAUAAUCCAAAAAUGAUU